CGCCGCACAGGCGCGCAGGUGCGUGAGGCGGCGCCCGCCCGGCACCCUGCAGACGAGGGCCCGCCAUGGAGCACAUCCGCACGCCCAAGGUUGAAAAUGUACGCUUGGUAGAUCGAGUAUCUUCUAAAAAGGCAACACUGGGUACUUUGUAUUUGACAGCCACCCAUGUUAUAUUCGUGGAAAAUGCACCUGACACAAGAAAAGAAACAUGGAUUCUUCAUAGUCAGAUUUCCACCAUUGAGAAGCAAGCAACAACUGCUACCGGCUGUCCUCUGCUUAUUCGCUGUAAGAACUUUCAGAUCAUACAACUCGUCAUACCACAGGAAAGAGAUUGCCAUGAUGUGUACAUCUCUUUGAUCCGCCUUGCACGGCCAGUGAAAUAUGAGGAGUUGUACUGCUUUUCAUUCAACCCCAAGCUGGAUAAAGAAGAAAGAGAACAAGGUUGGAUGCUAAUCGAUCUUAGUGAAGAAUACAAGCGAAUGGGCCUCCCCAAUAAUUAUUGGCAGCUCAGUGAUGUGAACAGAGACUACAGAGUUUGUGACUCCUAUCCCACUGAAGUGUAUGUUCCCAAAUCAGCCACAGCACACAUCAUUGUGGGAAGUUCCAAAUUCCGGAGUAGACGGCGAUUUCCCGCCCUUUCUUACUACUAUAAAGAUAACCAUGCCUCCAUCUGCCGCAGUAGCCAGCCCCUCUCUGGCUUCAGUGCCCGGUGCUUAGAAGACGAGCAGAUGCUUCAGGCCAUCAGGAAGGCCAAUCCGGGAAAUGACUUCAUUUAUGUGGUGGACACGAGGCCUAAACUUAAUGCAAUGGCAAACCGUGCUGCAGGGAAAGGCUAUGAGAAUGAAGACAAUUAUUCCAAUAUCAAGUUUCAGUUUAUCGGGAUAGAGAACAUUCAUGUCAUGAGGAGCAGUCUGCAGAAAAUGCUGGAAGUGUGUGAGCUAAAGUCUCCCUCCAUGAGCGAUUUUCUGUGGGGCCUAGAGAACUCUGGCUGGUUGAGGCACAUUAAAGCCAUCAUGGAUGCGGGCAUCUUCAUUGCAAAGGCAGUUUCAGAGGAAGGGGCCAGUGUGCUGGUUCACUGUUCUGAUGGCUGGGACAGGACUGCUCAGGUGUGCUCUGUGGCCAGCCUGCUUCUAGACCCUCACUACCGAACACUGAAGGGCUUCAUGGUCCUGAUUGAAAAGGACUGGAUCUCCUUUGGCCAUAAGUUUAAUCACAGAUACGGAAAUCUAGAUGGUGACCCAAAAGAAAUCUCUCCAGUAAUUGACCAAUUCAUUGAGUGUGUGUGGCAAUUAACGGAACAAUUUCCCUGUGCCUUUGAGUUCAAUGAGAGGUUUUUAAUUCACAUUCAGCAUCACGUUUAUUCUUGCCAAUUUGGAAACUUCCUAUGUAAUAGCCAGAAAGAGAGACAAGAACUCAAAAUUCAAGAAAGAACAUAUUCCUUAUGGUCUCACCUCUGGAAGAACCGAGCUGACUAUCUGAAUCCUCUAUUUCGAACUGAUCAUGGUCAGACUCAGGAAAGUUUUCAUCUCCCUACAGCUCCAUGCAACUUUAUGUACAAGUUUUGGAGUGGAAUGUAUAACCGCUUUGAAAAGGGGAUGCAGCCCCGACAGUCUGUCACAGACUACCUCAUGGCAGUAAAGGAGGAAUCACAACAGCUGGAGGAAGAACUAGAGGCCCUAGAAGAAAGACUGGAAAAGAUUCAAAAAGUCCAGUUGAAUGGCACUAAAGUAAAGAGUAAUAAGCAAAGUGAGCCCAGCAAAUACUCAGGGUUUUCUACCUCAGAUAACAGCUUGGCCAACACACCUCAGGACUACAGUGGCAACAUGAAAUCAUUUCCAUCCAGGAGCCCUUCACAGGGGGAUGAAGAUUCAGCUCUCAUUCUAACUCAAGACAAUUUGAAAAGCUCAGAUCCCGAUCUGUCAGUGAACAGUGAUCAGGAAUCCGGGGUGGAGGAUUUGAGCUGUCGGUCUCCAAGUGGUGGUGAGCGUGCACCAAGUGAAGAUAGCGGUAAGGACCGGGACUCUGAUGAAGCUGUCUUUCUCACUGCCUGAAGUUUCUUUUGGGAGUUCCAAAGUAAAGGACAUAUAGAAACACUACCCAAAAUAAGGGAACAGUGAUGUUGAAAUUAAAAAUAACUCAAGAAAUGAUUUGUGUCAUCAGGAAUUACAAAAUGCAGCUAUGAAAAUGGAGGAAAAAAAUCCAACUCAUAAUUUCUUUAGAUGUUGGGCAACAAAAGUACCCAUUUCUUUUCAUCAAAUAUAAGGAAAAUUGCUCACUGUUUUGAAGCUCUUUCUAGACUGCAAAAAUUGUAAUCACUACACACCCAUUACAUCUGUCAUCACUUAAAGUUAUCAAUAGAAAGCUUCCUUGCCAUGGGAUGCAUCUACUCAGAAAACCCGUCCCCUUUCCCUCCAACGCUAUGGGUUAGAAUCUUUCCUCCUGUUUCAUGUCCACAUGCAAUUUGUGUUUCCUAAAAUAUUUGAAUUUACUUUUCCUAUUGACCUUUUUACCAGUAUUUCUAAAGAUUAGGUAUACUGUUGAGAAAAUAUACUUUUUGGUUACUAUAUUCCUAACAAGCUUUGAAUGUCUUAAAGCUUAUCUUUCAGGUACAAUAAUCACUUUUCACUUUUCCUUAGAUAAUAUUAUUUUCAAUUGUUACUGUUUUGUUGCCUUUCCCUGGCAUGUUUUUCCUCAUUGCUUAAAAAAUAAAAUUUACAACUCAUUUUUUCUGUGAAAUGGGUUUAAUAUCUAAUAAAGUAUAGAAGCAACAUGCAUUUUCUGGGUCUUCCAUGUGGCAAUUUGGAUCAUAUUAAUGUUCUUAACCUUUUACUGCUGUUACAGAGGCUACAUCACAAAGACCAUAUGAGCCAACUACCAGCCUGAUCCCAAAGUACAACAUUGUUCAGUCAGUGGGGUAAACAUCGCCAAGGGAAAAUCCCAGUUAGGAACUAGAGAAUCUGGUUGUCCUGAGUAUUUAGCAAUGUAAGUUAUGGCAUCUGUCAUUUUAGAAAUUAUGUAAUUGGUUAAUGUUUUGGUUAACAUUAAUACCAAUUUAUGACUGCUGACUGCUGAAUGUCAGUUCUGAGUGUUUUUGCUUUGUUAAAAUGCACAUUUUAACAAUCAUUUGCUGUCUUAAACUUUUAAAAAACAGAACUUGAUUAAGUGACCUAAAGUUUUCAUGUGCAAAAUGUGGAGAAAUGUUGCUAUGUUUGUAGAGAGAAACUGUAUUCAUGCUUUAUGGUUUUACAGAGAAUUGUAGAAUAUAAAGGAAUUUAAUUUGUAUAAUUUAUAUCAGUAUUUUAAAUAUGUGAAAAACUAUAGAAGAAUGUAUUAAAUUUUGCUGAAACAGGACCAAGAUAAAAAGAAAGGGCAAGAAAGUCAUAAUGCUGAAUUAUUUAGUAUGAAAGAUUUCGAGUGUAGUAAUAUGUAUGAAUGAAACUAUAGUAUAAUUGUAAUUGUGUUGUUCAUCCUAUUUAAGAAUUUUAUUAUAUGAAAAAUCUGUAAUAUAGAAGCGCUAUUAUAAAAAACAAAGCAAGUGUACUUCUUUUAAACUAUAAAAUUUGAGCAUUUUCUGUUGAAAAGUUCCCCAAUUAAGUACAAGGAAUGUUUUUAUUAUUUUCUGUGUAGUAUAUUGUAUGUAAGAGGGAAUACAUGGCUAAUAAAUAAUUAGGAAAUCGUA